AUGGAUUUCCUUCAUAGGAAUGGAGUGCUCGCUAUUCAGCAUUUGCAGAAAGACUAUCGAGCUUACUACAGUUUUCUAAAUUUUAUGUCCAAUGUUGGCGAUCCCCGGAAUAUCUUUUCUAUUUAUUUUCCACUUUGGUUUCAACUUAAUCAGACAGUUGGAACCAAGAUGGUAUGGGUGGCAGUCAUUGGGGAUUGGUUCAAUCUUAUUUUUAAAUGGAUAUUGUUUGGUCAUCGGCCUUACUGGUGGGUCCAAGAAACUCAGAUUUACGCAAAUCACUCGAGUCCGUGCCUUGAACAGUUCCCCACUACAUGUGAAACAGGUCCAGGAAGCCCAUCUGGCCAUGCAAUGGGCUCAUCGUGUGUCUGGUACGUCAUGAUAACAGCUGCCCUGGGCCACACUGUCGGUCGGAUGGACAAGUCGUUGACCAUGUACCUGUACAGACUGACCUGGUCAUUUCUUUGGAGUCUUUUUUGGUUGAUUCAAAUCAGUGUCUGCAUCUCCAGAGUAUUCAUAGCAACACAUUUUCCUCAUCAAGUUAUUCUUGGAGUAUUUGGUGGCAUGCUUGUGGCGGAGGCCUUUGAACACACCUCAGGCAUCCAAACCGCCAGCCUGAGCACCUAUCUGAAGACCAGCCUCUUCCUUUUUCUGUUUGCCCUUGGCUUUUACCUGCUUCUCAGACUGCUUGACAUUGACCUGCUGUGGUCUCUGCCCAUAGCCAAGAAAUGGUGUGCCAACCCUGACUGGAUCCACAUUGACACCACGCCUUUCGCUGGACUCGUGAGGAAUCUUGGGGUGCUCUUUGGCUUGGGCUUUGCGAUCAACUCAGAGAUGUUCCUUAGGAGCUGCCGAGGGGAAAACGGCUACAAGCUGAGCUUCCGGCUGCUCUGUGCCGUGGCCUCGUUGAUCACACUGCAGCUCUACCAUUUCAUCAAGAUCCCCACUCAUGCAGAGCAUUUAUUUUACAUCCUGUCUUUCUGUAAAAGUGCAUCAAUCCCACUGACUGUGGUUGCUCUGAUUCCCUACUGUAUUCAUGUGUUAAUGAAACCGAGUGAAAAGAAGAUUAAUUAGAGCUGUGCAGGGGCUUAGUGCUCUGUGGUCCCAGCACGACGCUCCUCCUCCAUCUUACAGCAGAACCAUAGAGCAGUGGCAGGCAGGAGGCUUCCAGAGAUCACAAAAUGGCGGACACAGGCCCCAUGGCCCAUCCCAUCAUACCUAAGCUUAGUUUGGUCUCAGUGUGGUCUCCCCCACACCCCCAUUUUAAAUUAGUUGCCCACCAGAA